GGUUAAAAUUAUACAAUUAUAAAUAUUAGGUAUUAUUUAGUGACUUAGUUGAUACAAAUUUAUAUUUUGGACAUUAUUUAGUAGCCUAAUUGAUAUAGGCUUAUAGCGCACAACUCUUCGAAUGAGUGUGCCCGUGAUCGAGUCCCUAUCUUUUAAUUUACCAAAAAAAAAAAAAAAAACACAAAAGGUAUAUUUUGGAUGAAGAAGAUGGAAAAUAUGGGAUGGUUUACCUAAUACAAAAACACAAGGGUACUUGUGCAAAAAGGACACCAAUGUAGAGAGGAGGGUGUGUUAUAAAUAAAAUAAAAAAUAAAUUAAAAAAAGAAAAAAAAAAGGCAAAAAGGGAAAAGGAAAAAGAAAUAGAGUGAAAAGACAAGUGAACCCGUCUGAAUUUAGAUCUCUCUCUAAAGUCGGUUCUUUUUUGGGUUUUUUUUUUUCGGCCUCUCUCUCACACACACACCCCCUAAGAAGCGAUGGGUUGGUUAGUUUAGAGAGAAAAGACGCGAUGGGUUGGUUCCUCUGCCCUGGAAAAUCAAACAAAAAAGCAAAGAAAAGGCAGAAGAAGAAGCCUGACAACAAGAUCCCAUCAACUUCAGAAAAACUGAAUAAGAGUUCUUCAUUUGAUGCAAAGGAGGCUUCUACGGAUGGAGAAUCAGGUCACAUUGCUGCAAAUACACUCACAUUUCGUGAAUUGGCAGCUGCAACCAAGAAUUUCAGGGCAGAUUGUCUUUUGGGUGAAGGAGGAUUCGGUAGAGUCUAUAAAGGACGAUUGCAGAGUACCAACCAGAUUGUAGCUAUCAAGCAACUUGAUCGUAACGGCUUGCAAGGGAACAGAGAAUUCCUUGUCGAAGUACUGAUGUUGAGCCUACUUCACCACCCCAACUUAGUUAACUUGAUUGGAUAUUGUGCUGAUGGAGAUCAGAGACUUCUGGUUUAUGAAUACAUGCCUUUAGGAUCGCUAGAAGACCAUUUACAUGACCUUCCACCUGAUAAGAAACGACUUGACUGGAAUACAAGAAUGAAAAUUGCUGCCGGAGCUGCGCAGGGUUUGGAACACUUACACGAUAAAGCAAACCCCCCUGUUAUAUAUCGUGAUUUAAAAUGCUCCAAUAUUUUACUUGAUGAAGGGUAUCAUCCAAAGCUUUCCGAUUUUGGCUUGGCCAAAUUGGGUCCAGUAGGGGAUAAAACACACGUUUCCACUAGAGUGAUGGGAACGUAUGGAUAUUGUGCACCAGAAUAUGCAAUGACAGGUCAGCUUACAUUGAGAUCAGAUGUCUAUAGCUUUGGAGUUGUUCUCCUGGAAAUCAUCACUGGCAGAAAAGCAAUUGACAAUUCAAGAGCUGCUGGAGACCAUAAUCUGGUUGCCUGGGCACGACCAUUAUUCAAAGACCGAAGGAAGUUUUCACAAAUGGCUGACCCGGCACUCCAAGGACAAUACCCAAUGAGGGGUUUGUACCAAGCUCUUGCUGUAGCUGCAGUGUGUGUUCAGGAGGAGCCAACCAUGCGGCCCCUUAUAGCAGAUGUUGUUACAGCCUUAACUUUUCUUGCUUCCCAAAAAUAUGACCCGGAAACUCAGCCAAUCCAAAGUGCUUGCUCAUGCUCUUCCGCUACUAGAACCAGAAGGGAACAGUGAUAAUCAGGCAAAUCAAAUUGAAGGACUAAUCCGAGACACUUCAAUCGAUGAAAUUAGUGGUUUGCUCUUGUUGGCUGCACAGAUGAUGAUAAUUGAUACCUCAGACCUGUUUAUCCAAAUUUCGCAAUCAGUCAAGCCUCAGGAUAACAAGUUCAUUUUCCAGUCCCUUCGCGGUGUUUAUUCUACCACAGCUCUUAUUCUUUGGCAUUUUCCGUUCUUUUUUUUUUUUUUU